AUGUUAUCUGAAAAAUUUGAAGAAAUUGCUGAUAAAAUUGCGGAUAAGGCAGUACAAAAAAUAACGGACAUUAAAGAUUUUGAAUUAAGAUUAGUAAAAAGGAAUAUGAGUAUCGCGGAUCCAGUUUAUAGGGUUACUGAAAAAAGAAAUGUUAGCCAAGAAGGAAUGGAUAGAAAUUUUGGAAGUACAACCGUAAAAUAUACCGUUACUAACUCAAACCUAGGUGAAAAAGAAAAGAAAGUUAUUCAACAUAAAGUGAAUGAAAGCACAGAUACAAGUUUUGAAGAGAGACUGGUUCCGAUUAAUGGUUUAAGUUUGAAAUAUAAGCACUUCACAAAAAUGAAGCACGCUGUUGGGCAAGCGUCACAAGAACAACUAAAUAGAGAUAAAUCUGACGAUAUGGACCAAAUAGAUGAAGAACUAAAGGUACAAAAUAAUACUUCAGAAGAGCAGUCAAAUAAUGAUAAUAGUGAUAAUAAGGAAACAAAUACAAAAUCUGCUCAUGUGAGAGAUGAAAUAUUAGACACCAAUAAAAAAAAGAGUUUGGAAUUUCAAUUAGAAUCGUCAAAUGAAAAUUAUGUUUAUAAAACUGAAAAGAAAGAGGAAGAUGACGAAGAAACUGCUAAACAUAAUACGGACAAGAGCAACGAAGCUGACAUUCCCAUGAUGAAGACUAACAGUGAUGAACAAGAUUCAUUGAAUGAAGACUUUGAAAAAAAUUACAAAGCUUAUAUUGAAUAUAAAAAGCAACAAAAUAAAAAAGAGAAGACAAAUCAAAAUAAUCCUGUUGCUAUACAAGAUUCACCAAGCUUAGAAGAGGAUGCAGUUGAAACACUUGACCAAAAUCAAAGUUCAGAGGAAAAAAUAAACGAACCUGAGUAUACAGCAAUGAAGAAAAGCAAAUCAAAACAUACUACGAAUUUGGAUGAAACUCCAAUGAUGAUAAGGAAGGAAGGAAAUAAGAUUUAUACAUACGAAAGAUCUCCUGAUUAUGAUGAGUAUCAUCAAGAGUUAGCGAAAAACCUAAAAAGUAGUGGAAGAUAA